GAUACCGAGUAUGUGCUGCGCGGCAGGGCCUCGUCUCUCCAUGUUGAUGAGCAGCUGGACUGUGCCGGGCUUGGGGGCACAGAGCUGCAGGCUGGCCUCUGCCCUGCGGGACUCAGCAGUGAUGGGACAGGCAGGGGACAGACCCCUGGUGAUAUUGCAUUCGGGAUGAAGCGUCUUGGGCUCGCAGAGGGUCUCAGGGCUUGCCUGCCCUGCCCUGCCCUCCUGCCCACCGUCCAGCCAGCCAUCGGCACAUUCCUGAGCAGGAAGAUCCCGGAGCCUACGCUUCUCACUGGCUCCCCGGGAUACCUCUGUUACCAGACGCUGAGCGGCUCGGACCCAGGGAUUUGCGCUGGCUGGGAGGAGAGAAAAGGGAGGCUCGGAGGAAUGGACCGAGCCAUAGAAGAGGUUCACAACCGGAGAAGUGAACUUUCAGCACGUUAUGCAGGUCAAGGAGGCCCACCAUCUGCUAUCUGGAAGCUGCAGACCCCCGGGAGAGCUGGUGGUGUGAUUCAGUUCGAGUCCGAAGGCGUGAGCACCAGGGAGCAAGAAUCCCAGUCUGAGGGUGGAGGCCAGCAUCCACAGCACCGCCUGGAGGGCGGGCAGCACCGGGAGCAGACUCCUCCGCCCUCCGCCUUUUGUUCUCCUGUGGCCUCGGGGGCCCCCACCUGGGGGAGGGCGAGCCGCUCCACCGCGCCGCCGAUUCAAAUGCUAAUCUCAUCUAGAAAUGCUUUCCGCCGAUGCACCCAAGACGAAUUCAUGAUCCAGGCACCCCACGUCCCCGUCAAGUUGACACACAGAAACGAACCGUCGCAAAAGAACCUGCUAGGCUGUCAGUCUGCGGAGAGUCGUCCAAGAAGGUCGGGGCGCGGAGCGCGGAGGAGAGCUUAA